AUGGGAGACAUUUGUGAUAAUGUAAAUGUUGCCUCAACAGAAUUAGAGCAUUUUGCCCGCUUAGAGGAGAAAGGUUUAAUUAGCUCCACAGGUUCUCAUGGUGAGAGUUGUGUGUUCAGUUCUGAUGCUUGCCCUGAAAAUAUCUAUGACUCAAACCCAAAGGGCCUUUCGGUUGGAAACAAUGUAUCUACAAGUACAGGUGAAACAAAACAUUCUCCUUUAAAAUUUGGAAAGAAGCCUCUUAUUGCAAGUGUUUACAGAUCAGAUGUAGUCCAAAGUAGAUUAGAAGAGGGUGUGUUUGGAAUGGUAACUAGAGUUGUAGGUGAUUCAGACUCCUCAGAUUAUGAUAAUGGAGAAGAAGAUGACGUUGAAUCUGUUUUAGGGGAUCAUGCUCGGGUAGUUUGGUCAAAUCUUGUUGAGACUACUGAGAAAGUUGAAGAUCUUAUUGUAGUUGAUAGGAGCUUUAUUCAUGGUGACAUUGUUGCAUCUAUUUUAGAUCCAAAAGGACAGAUAGGUACAGUAGUCUGCAUUGACCUUUUUGUUGACUUGAAGAUGCCAUUUGGAGAAAUUAAAAUAGAUGUCCCUAGCAAGAAGCUGAAACGGGUUGAUGAGGUUGUAUAUAAUGUCACAGUUUUGUUUGAUGAUGGUUCAAAGUGUAAAGUAAUGAGGGUAGACCCUGAGCGCCUUAUGUCAGUAUCUAAGAAUGUUUUUGAAGAUACAAUCUUUCCUUAUUAUCCAGGUCAGUGUGUACGUGGUACUUCUUCAGUUGUUUUUAAAAGUGCUAGAUGGCUCCGAGGUACAUGGAAGGCAUCUCGUAUGGAGGGUACAGUCAGUAAUGUUGAAGCGGGUUCAGUAUAUGUUUAUUGGAUUGCUCCAGCGAGUCCUGCAUCUACUAUUAGUUCAACAAAUGUCCCUGCAGAUAUGCAAGACCCUAACCAUUUAAAGCUUAUGUCUUGUUUUUCAUAUGCUAAUUGGCAACUAGUUGAUUGGUGUUUCCUCCCAACAUCUGGAAGGAAAUUAGGCAUAACUUUCCCUAUCAAGCAAGAUGCCUUACCAGAUAAAGACACAAAACUAAUAGCAGUCUGUGACAUGUUGCCUUCUUUUGAUUCAUCUUCGUCUACUACUUCAGGAUCAGUACAGAAUGGCACCGUACCUGCACAGGAUUGUUAUGGCACAAAGCCAUUUGGAGUUGAUUCAAAGGUCUUGUUUGCUAUUUAUAAUCUUGGUGAGCAUGAUUUCCGGCCUGAGCAGUAUGUGCUAGAGAAAGGUUCCGAUGAGGAUGGAGAAGCUUCUCAAACUAGGCACGUAGGAGUUGUAAAAACUGUGGAUUCAAAAGAACGUACUACCCUAGUGAGGUGGCAGAAAAUUGUGUCUCGACCAGAGGAUCCUCGAGAGUUUGACAAUGAAGAGAUAGUGAGUGUUUAUGACCUAGUUGGGCAUCCAAAUUACAAUUAUUUUAUUGGGGACAUUGUGAUAUGGCUUCCCCCUGUAGAAGAGGUAUCACAGGUGUCUGAUGCUGUUAAAAUGUCAGUUGAUGAAAAAGAAUGUGAAAUUGAGGCAAAUAUUCAUAAAGAUUGUCAGAUUGAAUUAAAAUAUCGAAAGUGUGUUAAAUCAGAUCCAUCCUCAGAGAAAAGAAGUUUGAAACAGCGACAAAAGACUGAUCUUGGUUUUUAUUUUGAGGAUCACAUUGGUGAUGAUAAAGAAAUUGACUUUCAGAUGAAAUGUCAAGGGGUUUCAAGAAGGUGUCGCAAGGCUAAAGUUGAUGCAAAGGUUGAAGAUAUGGAUUUCUCGUGGAUUGGGAAUAUUAGAGGUGUUAGAGAUGGGGAAAUUGAAGUGAUGUGGGCAGAUGGAAUAGUUACAAAGGUUGGACCACAAUCAAUUUUUGUAGUUGGCAGGGAUGAUGAUAUGAAGUCAAUUCAAAGUAGUUUUGAUGAGGAUGAUAAUGAUGAUGCUACAAGCUGGGAAACUGUUGAUGAUAAUAUAAUGGCUACAUUUGAUGCCGAUGAGCAGCAGUUGGAGCAAAGCGUAGAACCUGCAAUGGACCAGGCUACAGAUGCUGUACAUGCUUCAAAUGAAAACUUGCACAAAAUUAGUGAUACCAACACAUCAGUAUUGCGAGCUUUUGGAUUUGUGGCCAGGCUUGCCACUGGUUUUCUUGGAUUCCGAGGUUCUAAGAAUUCAUCAGACACAUUGGAUCCAAGUUCUCAAGAGCAAGCUAUGCAGAAACAUGGAAUUGCAAAGAACACUGACAGGACAGAGGCUAGUGGCAUUGAAGGAGACCAACUUACAAGAGCUUUGAAUUGUCAUCUGGAACCUGGUGGUGAUUCCAUACACAUUAAAGAUGGUUUGACUUCUUUGCCAGCAACUGCAGACUUAGGUGAUAAAAUGGACUCAGAGUGUGGUGACCACAACAAUGUGGAAGGCACACAAGGUGGCCAAGAUCAAACGAAAGUCUCUACUGAAGAUGAUUUGACAAGGAGCAUACCUAUUCAUAUGAAACAAAAUUUACAAGAAAUGAACAGCUUACCUAUUUCUAUUAAUGAUGGCCAGAACUUGUUUAAACACUUUGACAGUGUUCAGGACCCUGCAGACCACUACUUUUUCAAUGAAACUGCCCAGAAUUGCAAUGAUAGAAAGUGGUCGAAGAAAGUUCAGCAAGAGUGGAGUCUUCUUGAAAAAAAUUUACCUGAGAGCAUUUAUGUUCGAGUCUAUGAGGAUCGAAUAGAUUUACUCAGGGCUGUGAUAAUUGGAGCUAGUGGAACUCCUUAUCAAGAUGGUCUUUUUUUCAUUGAUAUUUAUCUUCCGUCUAAAUACCCUCAAGCACCACCAGCAGUGUACUACCAUUCUCUUGGGUUGAGAUUGAAUCCCAAUUUAUAUGAAACUGGAAAAGUAUGCUUAAGUCUUCUAAACACAUGGAUUGGCAGAGGAAAUGAAAUCUGGGAUCCGACAUCUUCAAGCAUUCUACAAGUCCUUGUUUCACUUCAGGGUCUUGUAUUGAAUGCAAGACCGUACUUCAAUGAGGCAGGAUAUGAUAAGCAAGUUGGCACAGCUGAAGGAGAAAAAAAUUCUCUUGUUUACAAUGAGAAUUCAUUUUUAUUGACGUGCAAGCUAAUGUUAUAUCUUCUCCACAGACCUCCACAGCAUUUUGAAAACUUCAUUAAAGAUCACUUUCGUAGACGUGGUCAUUCCAUUCUUUGUGCAUGUGGUGCCUUUAUAGACGGAGCUGAGGUUGGAUCUCUCUCAGAAGUACCGUUGAAGUCUGACCAAGUUUCUCAGAAAAACAGUUCAGUUGGUUUCAGAUUUAUGUUAGACAAGAUUAUUCCUAAAUUAAAAUCAGCAUUUGAUGAACUGGGUACAAAUGAUGAUUGAUGUUUC